AUGUCCCGUCUCAUCGACAAUGUUCCCGCACCCAAGAAUCCUUUAAAAAUGGAGAUUCUCCUCCUCGGGAUGCCUCGUACUGGAACCAUAUCGAUUCGCAUGGCAUUUGAAAUCCUCAAGUACCGGCCCUUCCACGGCCGCAUGAUGGAUGAAAUGCCACACUUGUAUCCCUUGUGGACUGAAGCUCUGGAGGCGCGCUACCUGCACACAGGCAAGGACUAUACGCGCGCCGACUAUGACAAGCUCUUCGACGGAUUCAAUGUCUCGUGCAACAUCCCCGGUACGCUGGUGGCCGCCGAACUGAUCAUGGCCUACCCAGAGGCCAAGGUGGUGGUAAGCACGCGAGACGUCGACCGAUGGCAGCAGUCGAUGCGACAGUCGGUGGACGCGGCAGUUUCGUGGAAGUCGUUCGAUUGGUUGGCACCUUGGGAUCCGCACGUCAUCGGUCCUUGGUGGGAAUACCACAAAUUCCAACACAGGUUACGACCGCUGAUUGCCCCUCAAGGCGAACGUCAGGCGUACCUGGACUACUAUGCUUGGAUUCAAAAGGCGGUGCCAGCGGAUAACUUGUUGGUGUUCAACCCGCGCGACGGGUGGGAGCCAUUGUGCCAGUUUCUGGGGGUUCCCAUACCAGACGAGCCCUUCCCUCACGUCAAUAACACCGAGCAGUUCCUGAACGGCCGGCGGCGGCGCUGGUGGCGCACCGUCGGACUUUUAGUCGCCAAGGUGUCGGCGCCGGUGCUGGCCGUCGUGGCGGCCGCUUGGUGGAGUUGGGGGCGGAAAUCAACUUUCUUGGUCAGGGGGUAA